CCUUAGGAUUACCCGGCGUGCCCCGCGGGAAAGAUGGCGCUGGGAGAGAGGCGAAGAGGAUAACUUUCGUUCGGAUCCUAAACAGCGUACUCUCAGUGAGAGCUGGAUAUAAGCGCUUGGGUUGUUUCGCUGGAGGCAAGUGGAGCAUGAACAGCGGACUCGGCGUCUUUAGUGUUGCAGUCGGACGCUUGUAGAGAAGCGAGCUAACGUUACAUGACGGACUGCGACUCCUGACGAUAGCAAGUAUUAGCAAGCAGGCGAACUGGUGCUGAGGGAAAUAGUGCACAAACUUUAUUACCGUGCCUCGGAGUAAGCGCUUGUUGAUUUAAUCGGACGAUCUGAGACGCCUGGUUCUCCACAACGGUCCUGGGGAAAAAAUAGGAGAGGGAAAUGAAGAUAAAGGGAAUGAAUUGAGGACAUCGUUGGACUGAAGACACUUGUCUGUGUGCAUCUCCGUCUCCGUCAACAAGCUCAUUCACUGGUCAUCAAUAGCCUGGGAGUUCACAUGCCAGGAGGAGAAGGGCAAGUUAGAGGAAGAGGAGAGCGAGAGGGAUUGAGUUUCCCUGGUUACCAGAGGGACACGUUCACUGCGAUGACUGGAGCUUGAGAAUGGCCUGGGCCUGACUACAAGUGAAUGAGGACAUCUCAGAAACACCACCUCACUUUUUGGGAUUAACCGUCAGUGUGUUGGACAGAAACUGAGCUUCUAUGAUGACGAGUGCAGCCCCAGCCCGUAAGCCGUACCGCAAGGCACCUCCGCAGCACCGUGAAACCCGGCAGAACCAGACCAUUUUCCGUGACGAGCUUAGUGGGAGCCCCACAGCAACCUGUGAGACUCCGGCUCCAGCCCAGCAUGCCCCCAGCAAGGAGUCAGUAUCAGAUGCAGACAAAAUCAAGAUCUUACAACAGCAGAAUGAAGACCUGCGCCGCCAUCUCACGCAUACCACUCACAAGAUGGAGGCAAUGGAGGAGGAGUUUGAGAGCCGGCGACACUACAUGCAGACAGAGAUGGGUCGAACACGAGACGAUCUGGAGAAGAUGAAAGACAAGUUUCGAAGACUGCAGAACAGCUACACAGCCUCACAGAGAGCCAACCAGGAUUUGGAAGAGAAGCUUCAUGCAUUGGCUGCCAUCAGUCAAACCUGGGUUCAUGCACUCCGGAAAGUGGAAAGGGACAAGAAGACCAUGGAUCAAGAGAUAGUGGAGCUCACCAACAAGCUUGUGGAUGCUAAGAACACUAUUGACAAGCUGGAAGAACUGAAUGAACGCUAUCGACAGGACUGCAAUUUGGCUGUGCAGUUGUUAAAGUGCAACAAGUCCCAUUUCAGGAACCACAAGUUUGCAGAUUUGCCAUAUGAACUGCAGGAGAUGGUGAAUAAGCACAUGAAGAGCAGUCUGCCUGACAAGACUCAGAGCCCUCAAGGAGCCCAUGGCCAGGACCCAGACACAUUGAGUCUGACACCAGCUGAUGUGGUGCCCACCUCUGUUAUUGCCCGGGUACUUGAGAAACCUGAACCCCUUGUUCUCAACUCUGCUCAGUCCAGCAGCAGUGGCCGGCCAGUGGCUGAGGAUGUGUUUGUCCAUGUGGAUAUGACUGGAUCUCAGAAUGAGAGUGCUGGUCGAGAGAAUGGUGGUCCUGGUCAGACUAGGCUUAGUACAUGUACUGGAUCUGAGCAGUCGCAUGUUAAUGGUAUGUUCCGAAGUCCAGAUGGACAGUCAGCUGACAGUGGGGCAGCACCAUCCUUUGAGAAACUAAACCCCUACCCUACACCCCCUCCCCCACAUCCGCUCUAUCCUGGCCGCAAAGUGAUUGAGUUCUCCUCUGAUGAUAAGGUAAAGAUCCCUAAGAACAGCCCACUGCCUAACUGCACUUAUGCCACACGCCAGGCCAUAUCUCUUAGCCUGGUACAAAAUGAAGAGGAGGCUGGAGAACGACAGCGUACUGUCCCCAACAGCCCUGCAGUGUCUGACGGAGGUUGGCGUUCUGGAACCUCCUCAUCUUCAGGUGGAGGGCAUGUGUCGCACCCUAGAACACCUCAGCAGAGUGAUUUCACUGACCCUUUGUCUAGCCAGUCAAGUCCCUUCAGCAGCCCACCACAGCCACCGAGUGCCUUUGCCAGCUCAGGUAGCUCUGAGGAGGACUUGCUCACCAACUGGCAGCGAAUGUUUGUAGAGAAGAUUGCACCAUCCUCAGAAGGGACUCUGGUUAACCGCACCUCUUUCAGCAGUGAGACAGUAAAGGAACUGCAGAGGAGCAAGUCAGGUAGAGGGGCUUCAGACCGAGGUAUCCUGCGUGGAGCCUACUCUGAUGGAGAAGAGGGCUCCUCUACACAAAGUUGGACUGCCAGCAGAGAGUCCAGCCUGGAUACUGAUACAAGCAGCAUUGCAGACCUGCGCACAAAAAGGGGUGAGUAUGGUGCUACCUUUUCGCAAGAGGAAAGUGAGCAAUUGCUGAUGGCUCUUGACAAUGAUGAUGGUGCUAGUGGUGACACAAUGGUCAUGGCGGAGUCCAGCCCAGUCUCUGCCAAGCAGCAGGAGUUUGCUGAAGAUGGUGGGUCUGUAGGCAGCCCAGCCGAAGAGCGAGACAUCCUUCCACAGGACUUUCCCAUCAUCAGCCCCAGGGUCCUCGCCGGCUUGGAGGAUUACACAGAAAAGCCUCCCACUCACCGCCACCAUAGUGGCUCCACCCGACCUCAGAAGAGCCCCAAAAGGAUGGGGGUCCAUCACCUGCACAGGAAGGACAGUCUUACCAGGGCUCAAGAGCACGGAAACCUGCUGGACUGAGAAAGUGGCUAUCCCCAUGCUCCUUAUUUCACCUACAGUGCUCUUCUGCUUGUUAGCUCACAAGUCUUACCAGGCCACAAAGGGAAGCAGGAAUCACUUGGCAAUUGAUCAGCUAAUACCCAGGCUGCUUUCCUUUUAUGGGUUAUUACUGUAACACUUGAGCCACUUCUCAGAAGCAGGAAGUUCACUUAGUUAUGGUAUUUAUAGUACAGAUUAAGGUGGUCAUCAUACCUUUAAAGACGUCUAUACUUUAAUCAUCCUUUAAGAAUGUGAGAGUAUGUAAGAAGUUCAUUUUUCCAUGCUCCAACAUCUUCAGGACAUCGUCAAGCUGUGGUGUAAUUAUGAGAAGAAAUCAGGAUAUAGCCAUAAAAAGACAUCUGUGUAUUUGGCCAUUGUAAUGUAAUGGGGGACAUCCAGAUAAAAUAGCACUGUAAGGUACUGGAAUACCACAGAAACUGGAAGAAAGACCCCCUUUUUUGUUGAAGGGUUUCAGAGUGAGAGCCGUCUAUCUCUAAUGAUUAAAGAAUGAGUUGGUGCUCUAGACUGAGAUCCAGAUUCUGUUGUAUGGUUUGGAUUAUGCAGGUUUCAUGAGAUCCAGUGGAUUUUAAUCUUUCAGUGCCUAACCCUUUUUAAUGACUAAAGUUUUCCCAUCACCCUUUAAAAAAAGUAUUGCUCCUUAUGUCUACUUUCAGUUCAUGUCAGAAUUCCAUUUCACUGCACAUCUAUGACAAACACCUCUUUUCAUGGAGCUGCCACAGUCAGUUUGGAUCCAAAAUUAGAUUUUUUUUUUUUUACUAUGGCAAAAUGGAUUUCAACAAAUAUCCUGAUUUAAUAUUAAUUUUAUCUGUUAGUUUAUCCUGGUAUGCAGCUAGGGUCCAUCCCUUAAUAACCCCCACUUAACAAAGAGAAUCUGUGGAAUUGGAUGUCUUGUAGAAUUAGUUCAUCUAUAUUUCAGAUACCAUGGAAAUGAAUGCCGUUAUAAUUAUUUGGGUGUUUUUGAAAUAUAUUUAGACAGAAAAUUUACACCUAAAUAUGAGCUUUUGUUAUCUAACUUUCUCCUUUAAAGAAUAUGUGGUUUUGUUCAGCAUUUAUCUUAUUUUGUUUGUUUCUUCAGGAUUUGGUAUGAGCAAGAACAUCAUCACACACUAGCAUUCAGUCCAGUAAAAAUAAAACAAGAUUGUUAUUUAUUGGUGUCCAGUCACAUAGGUAGUCAUCCGUUUUCAUAGCAAUACAAUAGCAGUCAGAAUAUUAUAAACUUCCUCAAUGCCAUUUUCACAAUAUUUUCAUCAAAUAUAGGCCAAAAAAAUCUACAUUUGAAGGUCAAAGAAGCCCAGUUUUCAUUUUUACACCAGCUGGUAAAAUGACACCAUGUCAGUUGAUGUGUGAUAAGGGCUCUGGAUAGAGGCAUGUAAUUCGUGCUAUAUCUUUUUUUUCUGCCCAUGUUAAAGAUAUUAUUAACUAAACGCUAAAUCAAUAUUAAACUUUAACAACUUGCGUGUUCUAAAAUAAUAUUAGAAUCUUGUUAUUAACUGAAUAUAAGUAGUUCAGCAUUUAAACACUGGCCUAUGCUAGAACGUAAAAAUACACAAAA